GAGGAUUUGGGUUUGAGUUCAUCCAGAGCGAGAAUAAUUGCAGCUAUUUUUGAAACCUUGUGGUAUAUUUUGUUUGGACCAAAAGGCACGCCAAUUGGAUAGUCGACUGAAAUACUCAACCCUUUUAUGCACCCGCCGACCACAAAAAUGGCAGACUUUGAUGAGAUGAUUGAGAAGGCGGUUCAGGAGGGCGUGGCACCGGGACUGGUACUCAUUGCGGGGGACAAGACGGGCAAGCUCGACUACCGCAAGACGUUUGGCAACGCGAGUCUCAAUGGCGCCGGCGACACCCAGCAACGGGAACCACAGCCGCAGCCCAUGUCGGCCAGGGACAGCGCCUUCACCUGGAUGUCGCUGACCAAGCUCCCCACGGCGGUCGCGAUCCUGCAGCUCGUCGAGCAGGGCAGGCUCUCGCUGGACGCCGACGUGGCCGACCAGCUCCCCGAGCUGGCGGCGCAGCCCGUCAUCAGCAGCAGCAGUGACGGGGCCGACACUCUAGUCCCCCGGCGCGCCGCCAUCACCCUCCGCCACCUGCUAUCCCACACCUCGGGGCUGCAGUACCCCUUCAUCCCCGGAGCGCUGGCCGCGUACUACGAGAGGCGGGCCAGGGCCGGCGGGGAGGGCUUCGACAUGGCCAAGCGGCGGGCCAGGGUGCAGGAGCGCUUCGGCGUGCCGCUGGUGUAUGAGCCCGGCGAGGGCUGGUGCUACGGGCCCGGGCUGGACUGGGCCGGGCUGCUGCUGGAGCGCACCGUCGACGAGUCGCUGGAUGCAUACGUCAAGAGGAGCGUGUGGGCGCCGCUUGGGGUCCAGGAGGGCGAGAUGCCGAGCUACUUUCCCAAAACCAGCAGCAGCAGCAGCAGCAGCAGCAGUGACAUGAACAAUGUAGCGACGAGUGCCCGCGGACCGAACGGCAAGAUGGUGGGUGUGCCGGACAUGCCGGCACCGCCGGCGCCCGAGGCGGCGUUUGGUGGUGAGGGCAUGCGCGGCACGAUGGACACGUUUGUGAGGCUGCUGCGGUCGCUGACGCUGGACGACGGCGUCCUCCUCCGGCCUGAGACGGCGGCGCUGCUGUUUGAGCCGCAGCUGCGCGGUCGGUGGGACGCGAGCAAGACGGCGCUGCGUGACCUGCUCGCCGGCGCGGACUGGCUGAGCGGAGUGGCGCCGCCGCAGGGCGAUGAGUAUGAUUGGGGCCUGGGUGGGCUCCUGGUCGAUGGGGAUAGUCACGCAUAUAGACGGCCGGGCUGCUUGAUGUGGAGUGGCAUGUUUAACUCGAGCUGGUUUAUUGACCGAAAAGCAGGUGUAUACGGCGUCUUUGGGACGCAGUGUCUCCCGCCAGGUGACUCUCCCAUACGCAAUCUCACGGAGGCGUUCCAGGAGGAGGUUUACAGAAGGGCGAAUAAAUUAAACAAGUCCUCCAGCUCCCCUUAGAAGAAUCCCCAGAAUCUCGCAAGUAGAGUCAAAAGAGAAUAUGAAGAAGACCAUCCCGCCCCAAGCCCAGAAAAUAGUUAGAC